GUCUCUCUACCCUCUCAUUACUAUUUGAUUACAAGACUAUUUUAUCCAUUUCAGUUAUUGAUGUCCACAUUCAAAAGGGGUUUACUUUUUUUGGUUUUCCCUCAUAAUUAUUUCCUUUGUCUGACCCAUCCUCUCCAAAUAUUGCCAUUCACUUUUCUUUUAUCGUACCUCUCCGCAAGAAUUUUCCUCUCCAUUUUGAUUUUCCCCACAAAUAAAUGCACAUACUCUAUCGUUUUAUCUGACCUCUCCACCACAAAACUUGGCUUCCCUUCCCACUCCACCCCAAGACUCUGCCAAGUUGUCCACUCCCUUUAGGUUUUUGCCGCGCGAUCACCAUCAUGCCCUCUUCCUUUUGGUUUUACCAGACCC